AUGAAUAGAUUGAAAUUCCGACCCGUGGCAAGAUACUGCGAGGAAAUCGAAGAGGACAAACACAUCUGCACGGACAACGAUGUAGUACAACAUCCAGCAGCAACAUGCAUAGAACAACUGAUGUUACUUAAAGAUAACAUAUCGAAAUGCAACCAGCAAACCAUCAAAACAGAAGACACAGUUAUACAGAAGAUUACAUCUGACCAUUGGCUUCUUUACACCAGAAAAAGAACAGUGAUAACCGAAACAUGCGGAGACGAGGUUUCGAAACACAACUUGGAGGGAACCUACAUAUUGACCCCAGCUAAAUACUGUGAGACGCAGAUAGAAGACAUCAUCAUGAAAGCAGUAACUAACACUACAAUUACCAACUACAUUUUACCCCCUGUUGUACUGCCGGAACUGCAAGCAGAGAUCCAGAAGAACGAGAACGAGGUAGAUCUGCGAGGCGUGGACUUCAGCGACGUAAAAGACAUUCUCAACAGCGUAAAAUAUAACAGUGAAAGUGAUUACAAUGGUGUUCUCACCGAGAUCCUAAAACUCGAGUGCACAUUGCCACUGCUUCAUAACUUCCUAGGGAAAUGCUGGGAAAAGGAGGUUUUGCCGCAGGAUAUGCGCGACGCAAAUAUCGUGACCUUAUACAAAGGGAAAGGUGACCGCGGCGACUGUAACUGCUACCGGGGUAUCUCCCUACUAAGCAUCGUCGGCAAACUUUUUGCAAGAGUAGUCCUUACUAAAUUGCAAAAACUUGCCGAACGCGUGUAUCCUGAGGCGCAGUGUGGCUUCCGUUCCCAGCGUUCAACUACGGACAUGAUUUUUACUCUCCGGCAACUUCAAGAGAAGUGCCGCGAACAGAACACUCCUCUGAUGAUCGCGUUCGUCGACCUAAACAAGGCCUUCGACACGGUCAGCAGAGAGGGACUGUAUGUGGCUCUAGAGAAAAUAGGAUGUCCCCCAAAGCUGUUGAGUCUUGUUAAAUCCUUUCACGAUGGCAUGAAAGGUUCCGUUGUCUUUAAUGGUCAACAGUCCGACUCGUUUGUGAUGCAAAGAGGGGUUCGGCAGGGCUGUGUUUUAGCACCAACGUUAUUCGGCAUAUUCUUUUCUCUGUUGCUAAAGGUUGCCUUUGGUAACACGCAGCAGGGAAUUCACCUACAUACAAGAGCCGACGGAAAUCUGUUUAAUGUCAAGCUUCUGAAGUCUCGACGCAAUCGCGAGGAUUUAUUUCUUGACAGUAUGCUCUUUGCCGACGACGCAGCUUUCGUAGCCGAAACUCCCCAAGAGCUCCAAGUUCUGCUGGACAAAUUUGCUUACGCUUGUACCCUAUUCUCUAUGUCGAUAAACACGAAGAAGACUGUAAUUCUAGCGCAAGGUUACUCUUUCCAGCCCUCCAUCUCGCUGGAAAGUGUACCCUUAGAGGUAGUCGAUAAGUUCUGCUACUUAGGGUCGACCGUGUCGAGCAACCUCUCUCUCGAUGCGGAGGUCAAUGUUCGCAUCGGCAAGGCGGCCACGACGUUCGGCAGGCUACGUACAAGAGUAUGGAAUAACAAACACCUUACGACAAAGACCAAGAUGACUGUAUACCAAACUUGUGUCUUGAGCAUACUCUUGUACGGGGCCGAAACCUGGACGUCGUACGCUAAUCAGGAACGAAGACUUAACACCUUCCACAUGCGCUGUCUUCGGAGUAUACUAAACAUAACAUGGAAAGAUAGGGUCACUAACGAAAGGGUGUUGGAGAUUGCUCAGCUUCCUAGCAUCACCGCGCUACUCAAACAGAGACGCUUGCAGUGGCUAGGGCAUGUGCAACGCAUGGACAGUGCUCGUUUACCCAGACAGACUAUGCUGAGCCAAAUUGCAGUAGGCAAGCGCAACGUCGGACGCCCAUUACUCCGCUUUAAGGACUGCGCAAAGCGCGACAUGGUUGCGUUUAACAUCAACUGCGACUCAUGGGAAGACCUAGCUCUAAACCGCGUGGAGUGGAGAAACAGCCUUCUAAGAGGUCGCGAAACCCAUGAUAGGUCCUGGUUUCAAGACUUGGCCCGAAAACGGGCAAUAAAACACAUGCGCGAUGAGGGUCGCCUCGAUGCGGAUCCUCAAUGCACUUUUAUUUGUCACAAAUGUGGGCGACUGUGCCGUUCAAGGAUCGGGUUAUAUAGCCACGAGCGACGCUGUCGCUAG